AUGCGCCGACUGCCUCCUGGCUUCGAGACUGUCUCUGCGGCAAAGUCCAGGCAUUAUGGCUCAGUCAAUAUCAUCGGCGCCGUGGUGGAUGCGCUCCCUCCAACCUUGACCGCUAGGCGCUCCUAUAUGUGCACAUUCACGCUGAAGGACUGCGACUUUGAAUCGGCAUCAUGGCUCGGCCUCAAGGUGAAAUACUUUCAUAGCCAGCAGGAACAUCUUCCGGCCCCUGAGGUGGGCGAUGUGGUCCUCCUGCGGAAUCUCAAGUCCACCAUGGUCAAAGGAGUCCGUAUGUACGAGUCUUCGCAGGCAGAAAACAUUUCCUGGACCCUGUGGAAGAGCCGGGGUCCAUCGUCUGCACCUGUAGUGAGGAACAAGCCUAGCACACUGGGCCCAACAGCAGAGGAGAGAGAAUAUGCACUCUACCUGCUCAAUGGCAGCUCCGUCCCAGGCUUUUCUGGUUACCAGCAGAAUGAGACCCCAAGGCGCCAGGGACACUACGAGCCUAACAUAUCAACAUCCAAUGCACCAACGCCGAGCCGUGGCGGCGUGACAGGAGCUCCAAAGCCGAGUCGCAAGUUUUGCCUACUUAAGGACGCUACGUUUGCCACCUAUGCCGAUAUAACUGGCCAGGUUGUCAAAACGUAUAAUGAAGGUGAAAAAUUCAUACUCUAUGUUACCGAUUAUACAUCCAAUGAACACUUGCUCCAGUAUGCUCUUCCGUCAAGAGAAUCUGGUGGACGUAGUGAUACCGAGUAUAAAUACAUCAAUACCCAGAAAACCAGAGAAUGGCCUGGCCCGUUUGGGACGAUGACCAUCCAUGUCACGCUCUGGGACCCGCAUGCUAGCUUUGCACGGGAAAGAGUCAAGGUGGAUGACUAUGUUACGCUAUAUAAUGUCAAUAUCAAAAUGAACAAACAGUCCGGCAAGAUGGAAGGGUCACUCCAUAUAGAUAGGGUAUACCCUAACAAGAUACAAGUAUACAUCAUCAACGAUAACGAAACAGAUCCUCAUAUUAAGCAACUAGUGCAGCGGAAGCAGGAAUAUUGGCGGGGAUUACGGACCAUGCUGCCUCAACGGUUAGGAGACACGAGCAAUAAACGACAACGGUCUAGUUCUGACGCUGCCGACGAGAGAAGAAAACAGAAAGACAAGGAGAAGAGACAAAAGCAAGCGGAGGAAAAGAGAACGAAAAAGAAAGAUCCAGAUCAGCCGGAGCUGCCCCGUCUAGUUCCUGUCAAAAGAGACGAAUUGAAUACUCAUAUACGAGCAUCCAACCCAGCCAUACCCUGUCGACUGAUCAGAGACAUCCUAGACCCGGAUACCCAUAAAAUCAAGGGUCCUGACGGUAUCGAAUUUCAGCUGCCUUUCCAAAAUGUGCGAUACCGCUCAUCCAUACGAAUCGUCGACUUCUUCCCACAUGACUUAGGAGAUUUCUCCGUUUUGUAUAACCCGGACCAUGCAAUCCUCUCCAAAGACGGCGAUGCGCUAUCUGACGACAGUGACGAAAAUUCUCCGCCUGGGGCCCGCCUUAGGUGGGAAUGGCGGUUUUGUCUACUUGUUGAAGACGGCGGUCCGAACAUCCCCCACCUCCCGCGAGGGCAAACACGAGAACGAAUGCCCCUAUUUGUGUCCGGUUCUGAUGCGGAAUUCCUCCUUCAGAUUAAUGCUGUGAAUCUACGUGAAAACCCGAAAAUGCUGGCUCAACUUCGAGAAAAAUUAUUCCUUCUCUGGGGUGACCUGGAAGAACGAAAGACCGAAAGCAUAGAAGCUUUUUAUGCAGGACAAGCUGAUGCUGUCUCUGCAAAACCAUUCACCUGUUGUAUCAAAGAAUAUGGCGUUAAGGCUAGAAAUAGAGGAGGAUCUGUUGAAAGCAACAAGGACGAAGAUCCCGAUUUCCUCGGGUGGGAAAGACGUUUCCCUAAUGAAGCUAAACUUGCACAAGACAAUUAA